AUAAUGGGAGCAGCGGGCCGCGAGAGAGCAUGGCAGCAGCGGGACAGGCACUACCCUAAGGAGCGGAGCCUUGCCGCUGCACGGGAUGGGCGUGCCGACGAGAGGCUGUGAGCCAGAAGGGGCUGUGACCCCACAACGAUAGUGCAAUCGCCUCUAAAAAACCUAUUUAUACUGGGAGCAGCGGGCCGGGAGUCCGACCGCGGCAGAGGAGGGACAGGUGCUGAGCUGCCCCUGCACGGCCCUCGCCUGCCCGCUGCGCUCUGCCCUGCGCUCAGCCAGCCCGGCUGCAACUGCACCGCCUCACUGCUCCAGCCCGGCAUGGGACAGAAGAAUUGCACACCCCUGCCCGGGGACCUGAUCGAGAUCGACCGGCCACGUCAUAAGCACUGGGCCCUGUACAUGGGGGAUGGUUAUGUCAUCAAUCUGACACCUGUAGGAAAACAACUUCUCAAGGUGGGAAUCCACACUGUGCCAGUAUUCAUCAGAAAGGUGAAAAAACAGCGCCUGAAGGAGGUGGUGCAAAAUAAUUCAUGGUGUGUAAAUAAUGAGUCUGAUCGGUGCCACCGUCCUCUCCCAUUGACGGAGAUCAUUUGGCGUGCUAAAGAUUGUAUUGACAAGGAUUUCACAUAUCAUGUGUUUGGUAGCAACUGUGAGCGCUUUGUGAAAAAUCUCCGCUAUGGAGACGCUGUCUCAGACCAGCUAAGGGCUUCUGUAGGUAGUGAAUUGCAAAUUCUUGACAUGACAGAAGAACAGGACUCCCCCAACCCUGGAGAUCUGAUCGAGAUCAAACGAGGACCUUAUGAGCACUGGGCCCUCUACAUGGGGGAUGGAUAUGUCAUCAAUCUCACACCUCUAGAUGAAGAAGCCACAACCCUGUCAGCCAGCAGUGGGUCAAUACGCACCAGAAAGGCCAGAGUUCAAAAGGAACUCCUGAAGGUGGCCAGAAAUGACUGGGCUGUCAACAACAUGUGUGAUGGUUUCCGCACGCCUCUGCCCGUGGAGGAGAUCAUCUGGCGUGCUGAGCGUUGCAAUGGCAAGGAUGUGACAUAUGACGUGCUUGGUAGACGCUCUGAGGAGUUUGUGACAAAUCUCCGCUAUGGUGGCGAGCUGAGGGCAUUGUUAUGUGGAGAAAUGCAUGUUCUUGAUAGGGCAGAGGACAAGGUCUUCCCCAACCCUGGGGAUCUGAUCGAGAUCAAACGGGGACGUUUUGAGCACUGGGCCCUUUACUUGGGGAAAGGACAUGUCAUCCAUGCGACAAUUGGAGACACAUCCAGACACAGCAGUGGGUCUGCAUUUCUCAGAAAAGCCAAAGUGAAGAAGGAGGAUCUGGUAGUGGUGGCUGGAAAUGAUACAUGGCGUGUCAACAACAAGUAUGAUUGUUACCGCACUCCUUUCCUGAUGGAGGAGAUCAUCCGGCGUGCUGAGCCAUGGAUUGGCAAGGAGCUGCCAUAUCGUUUGUUCCGCAAGAACUGUGAGCACUUUGUGACCAUGCUUCGCUAUGGAGAUGGAGUCUCUCGCCAGGCCAAGGCAGCACUUCAAAAUAUCAAUUCCAUUUCUUCUGUAGUGACGGCUGGGAUAGGAGUUACCAGUCUUGCGGUUGCGGCUGGUAUUCCUGUGGUUGGUCUUCCUCUUUUGGCCUGUGCUCCUUUUGUGGUUGCUGGUGGUGGUGGUCUGAUUGCCAGUAUUGGUUUCACUUCCAGUAAUAUUGCUCGUUCCUUCUCUUCUGCCCAGUUUGAAAAGGCAGGGAGAGAUAUACUAGAACAGAGUUGCUGUUAGGAAGAGCUCAAGCAAGGCAUGGAGUCCCUGGUCAUUGUUCAGCUUUUGCCACAAGUGUAAUGAACGCUUACUAGCAACUGCUGUGAUAAUUAAUUCAAAGACUUAUUAAAAUGUAAAAAUCCAAACUCA